AUGCUAAUAAUACACGGUGCUUAUAUUCAGCAACCCGCGUUUCCCAAUAAGCGUUCGAGCCUCUCAACGUUGGCUCGUUGCUUCCCGACUCAACGUUUACUCGUCAUCAGUCUGCUCACCCUCGCGAGUGCCGUAAACGUCCAACUUCUGGGGACCAACGGUUCCCUUCAUGGUAUCCCAGGGCUUCAUCUGCUCCAUCUCUUACUCAAGACGCUUCGAGGGCACGCGCUUGAUCUCGUCGAACUUGGUCUCAACGUCCUCGCUGAAGGCGAGACCAACACGAGAAAGAACGUCGCUGAUAGCAGCGUGAGCCAACUUGGCAGCCUGCUGCACGGUGUAGCCGUUAAGGAUACCGUACAACAGAGCACCACCGAAGACGUCAUCGGCACCAGCAGUGUCGACAGCGAGGGCGGUGCUGGGAAGGAUGUACUGGAACUUUCCGCCGUAGAAGAGGAAGGUACCGAAUUCCUCCGUCAUCAUGAUGACGGCCUUGUGGAUGGGCUGCUCACCGCUGGUGGCCUUCAAGAAGUACAAUUUCAGACCACUGAUGUUGUUAAUGCCGUAGAGCCUGGCAAACUCCUCCUUGGUACCGCAGACGUAGGCAGACUUGUCAACGAUGUUCAACAGAGCAUCCUUGUACUUCACGCUGUACUCGCUGGUGGGCAACAAGGUGAUGAGCUUCUUGCCACUGUUGAGGGUAGCGUUCACCAUCUUGGUGGUCAAAGCAAGCUUGCUAGGGCUGCGCAACAUGUUGGUGCUGACGACGUAGUAGUCGAAGUCCUUCAUGUCAGAUUCGCUGACAUCUUCCUCGGAGAUGGAGCUUCCAGCACCGAAGACCAGGUAGGUCUGGCGGUCACCAUUGGGAGUCACAAGGGAGUGCAACUCGGUGGUGGUCUCACCGGGGCGGUGGAUGGUCUUAACCUCAACACCAUCGGCAGCAAUGGCCUCUUCGAACUGCCUACCCAAAUCGUCGUCACCAAGAACACCAAUGAAAGCGGCCUGGCCACCCAACUUAGCGUAGGUACGGGCAGUGGUAACCGAGGGGCCAUCGGGGUUGAUAGCGGCCAGACCCUUCUUCUCACCCAGGCAGGUGAAAGUCUCCUCACCCUCGUUGGUGUAGCUGAUGUCGAGGUCCUCACCACGGCGAACGGCGGGCUUGUACUUCACGUACAUACCCAUCGCGGCCUGACCCACGAAAAGAAGACGAGAGGGGCCCUCCUCAAUGAUGUCGCAGUCCUCGCCAUGUUCGUAGCUUUUGCAGAAGAUCAGAGCUGCAGUGCAGCAGAGCUUGAAUGCAGACGCAGUGAUAGAUUUCAUUUUGCCCAGUACACCGCCAAGUCACGCUAA